AUGAUCUUGGCUACAAUUAUAGCUAAUUGUAUUGUUUUGGCUCUGGAGCAGCACUUACCAGAUGGAGACAAGACGCCCAUGUCUGAGAGGCUGGAUGAUACUGAGCCAUACUUUAUUGGAAUUUUUUGCUUUGAAGCUGGCAUAAAAAUCAUCGCGCUGGGGUUUGUUUUUCACAAAGACUCUUAUCUUCGAAAUGGCUGGAAUGUGAUGGAUUUUGUAGUCGUCCUCACCGGGAUUUUGGCUACAGCUGGGACCCAGUUUGACCUACGGACUCUGAGGGCCGUCCGAGUGCUGAGGCCGCUGAAGCUUGUCUCGGGAAUCCCAAGUUUGCAGGUUGUCUUGAAGUCCAUCAUGAAGGCAAUGGUGCCCCUCCUUCAGAUUGGGCUGCUUCUGUUCUUCGCCAUUGUGAUGUUUGCCAUAAUCGGACUGGAGUUCUACAUGGGCAAGUUUCACAAAGCAUGUUUCUCCAAUGAAACAGAAGAGAGGGUGGGAGAAUUCCCAUGUGGUGAGGAGUCACCUGCCAGGCAAUGUGAUAAAGGAGCCGUAUGCCAAAAGUACUGGGAAGGCCCCAACUUUGGAAUUACCAACUUUGACAACAUCCUGUUUGCGGUGCUCACAGUCUUCCAGUGCAUCACCAUGGAAGGGUGGACGGACAUCCUCUACAAUACGAAUGAUGCUGCAGGAAACACCUGGAAUUGGCUUUACUUCAUCCCGCUCAUCAUCAUAGGUUCUUUUUUCAUGCUCAACCUGGUUCUUGGCGUAUUGUCAGGGGAGUUUGCCAAAGAACGAGAGAGAGUUGAAAACCGCCGGGCCUUCUUAAAACUCCGGCGGCAGCAGCAGAUUGAAAGAGAACUCAACGGCUACUUGGAGUGGAUAUUUAAGGCAGAGGAGGUGAUGUUAGCUGAGGAAGACAAGAAUGCUGAAGAGAAGUCCCCUUUGGAUGUGCUGAAAAGGGCCACAAUAAAGAAGAGCAAAAAUGACCUUAUCCACGCUGAAGAGGGAGAGGACCACUUCACAGAUGUUUGCUCUGUUGGGUCACCGUUUGCCCGGGCCAGCUUGAAGAGUGCUAAGAACGAAAGCUCCUCCUACUUCCGCAGGAAAGAGAAGAUGUUCCGCUUCUUCAUCCGGCGCAUGGUGAAAGCACAAAGCUUCUAUUGGAUUGUCCUGUGUGUUGUUGCCCUCAACACACUGUGUGUUGCCAGUGUCCACUAUGACCAGCCAGAAGGGCUCACCACAGCAUUGUAUUUUGCAGAGUUUGUUUUCCUUGGCCUGUUCCUUACUGAGAUGUCUCUGAAGAUGUAUGGCCUGGGACCAAGGAAUUAUUUCCACUCCUCAUUCAACUGCUUUGACUUUGGGGUGAUUGUGGGCAGCAUCUUUGAAGUCAUCUGGGCUGCAGUGAAACCUGGAACCUCCUUUGGCAUCAGUGUGUUGAGGGCUCUUCGGCUGCUGAGGAUUUUCAAGGUCACCAAGUACUGGAACUCCCUGAGGAAUCUAGUGGUCUCCUUGCUGAAUUCGAUGAAGUCCAUCAUCAGUUUGCUGUUCCUUCUCUUCCUCUUCAUUGUUGUAUUUGCUUUGCUGGGGAUGCAGCUCUUUGGAGGACAGUUUCAUUUUAAUGAUGAAACACCAACCACCAAUUUUGAUACUUUCCCCACCGCCAUCCUGACUGUGUUUCAGAUUCUGACCGGGGAAGACUGGAACGCAGUGAUGUACCAGGGGAUAGAAUCCCAAGGGGGCGUCCACUCAGGAAUGUUCUCUUCGAUCUACUUCAUCAUCUUGACGCUGUUUGGUAACUAUACACUGCUGAACGUCUUCUUGGCCAUCGCUGUGGACAACCUUGCCAAUGCACAAGAGCUGACCAAGGAUGAAGAGGAGAUGGAGGAGGCUACCAAUCAAAAACUGGCCCUGCAAAAGGCCAAGGAGGUAGCAGACGUUAGUCCCCUGUCUGCAGCUAACAUUUCCAUAGCAGCUUUUGUAAAGCAAACUCGAGGUACUGUUUCUCGCAGCUCGUCAGUCUCCAGCGUAAAUUCACCCAAACAGCAGAAUGCCUCCAAAUCGAAAUCUGUGUGGGAGCAGAGAACCAGCCAGAUCCGUAUGCACAAUUUCCGGACUAGCUGCGAAGCACUGUAUAAUGAACUGGAUCCAGAGGACAGGGUGCGCUACGCCACCACCCUCCACAUCCGUCCAGACAUGAAAACUCAUAUGGAUCGGCCCCUGGUGGUUGAGCCGAGGAGCAGCGAAGGCCACAACAUCAACGGCAGUAAGCUAAGCCCCACGGAUGUUCAGGAAUCAGCAGAGCUGGCCAAGACUGCUCCGGCCGAGGGCACCGAGGGACCCCGGAAGCACCAUCGACACAGAGAGAAAGACAAGGCUGGCGAGCAGGAAAAGGGCAACGUGCCGAAGGAAGAGAACGGGGAAUCUGGCACAAACAAUAAAGAGGAGCGCCACAGGCCUCAUAGGAGCCGGAGCAAAGAGGGCGAGGGCGGAGGCAAAGAAGGGAAAAGUGAGCACAGCAGAACCCAGGAAGGAGGUAGACGGCAUCACCGCCGCGGGUCAGUGGAAGAGGGAGCCGAGAGGGAACACAGGCGCCACCGCGGCCACCGGCACUCAGCAGAGCGACAAGCCAAAGAAGGCAACGGCGCGGUCAAUGGCACCAAGACCGAGCGGCGUUCGCGACACCGAGGAGGAUCCAGGCCUGGGAAUCGAGAAGGAGAUCCAGGCUCUAAAGGAGAGGGCUGCGAAGAACCUCACAGACGGCACAAGAUGCGGCAUAAGGCACUGUCGACGUACGAGUCAGUGGAAAGGGAGAAUGGUGACAAGGAGGGAGAACUGGGGGAGAAGGAACAACUGAGGAAUCACCAGCCAAGGGAAGGUCAGUGUGACACAGAGGCUGGCGGGAGUGUGAUUGUUGCCCCGCUGCACACCCUGCCUAGUACCUGCCUACAGAGAGUGCCUGAACAGCCAGAGGAUGCUGACAACCAGAAGAAUGUCACCCGCAUGGGUCAGCCAUCACUGGACAAGACUGCCACUGUGAAUAUUCCUGUCACUGUCACUGCUCCUCUGGGGGAAGCUACCGUAAUUCCAAUGAAUAAUGUUGAAUUUGAAACAAAAGCAGAAGAGAAGAAAGAUAUGGAUGCCGAUGACUUGACAAAAAAUGGACCGAAACCAAUUCUACCUUACAGCUCCAUGUUCAUCCUAAGUCCUACCAACCCAAUCCGGCGCCUGUGCCAUUACAUUGUGAACAUGCGUUACUUUGAAAUGGUCAUCCUCAUUGUUAUAGCACUCAGCAGCAUUGCAUUGGCGGCUGAAGACCCAGUGCAAGCUGAGUCGCCCAGGAAUGAGGCUCUCAAGUACCUGGAUUACAUAUUCACUGGUGUCUUUACUUUUGAGAUGGUGAUAAAGAUGAUUGACUUGGGCCUGAUCCUGCACCCUGGUGCCUAUUUCCGUGACCUCUGGAACAUCCUGGAUUUUAUUGUGGUCAGUGGGGCUCUUGUGGCCUUCGCCUUUUCGAGUGUCAUGGGACAAAACAAAGGCAAAGAUCUCAACACAAUCAAGUCUCUGCGGGUUCUGCGAGUCCUCCGGCCUCUGAAGACAAUCAAACGCCUGCCAAAGUUAAAGGCAGUCUUUGAUUGUGUGGUGAAUUCUCUGAAGAAUGUCCUGAAUAUCCUCAUUGUUUACAUGCUCUUCAUGUUCAUCUUUGCUGUCAUUGCUGUGCAGCUCUUCAAAGGACGAUUCUUUUACUGUACUGAUGAAUCAAAGGAUCUGGAGAAAGACUGCAGGGGCCAGUAUCUGGAUUAUGAGAAAGACGAGGUGGAAGCCCAGCCCAGGAAAUGGAAUAAAUAUGAAUUCCACUAUGACAAUGUUCUCUGGGCUUUAUUGACACUGUUCACUGUCUCCACAGGAGAAGGAUGGCCAACCGUUUUGAAGCAUUCUGUUGAUGCAACAUAUGAGAACCAGGGCCCGAGCCCCGGGUUCCGGAUGGAGAUGUCCAUCUUUUACGUGGUGUAUUUCGUUGUCUUCCCUUUCUUCUUUGUCAACAUCUUUGUGGCUUUGAUCAUCAUCACCUUCCAGGAGCAGGGGGACAAAGUUAUGUCUGAAUGCAGCCUAGAGAAGAACGAGAGAGCCUGCAUAGACUUUGCCAUAAGUGCCAAGCCGCUGACUCGCUACAUGCCUCAAAACAAGCAGUCGUUCCAGUACAAGAUGUGGAAAUUCGUGGUGUCUCCUCCUUUUGAGUACUUCAUCAUGGUCAUGAUUGCACUCAACACUAUUGUGCUGAUGAUGAAGUUCUACGAUGCUCCAGCUCCAUAUGAAGAAAUGCUGAAAUGCCUCAACAUUGUGUUUACUUCCAUGUUCUCACUGGAGUGUGUGCUGAAGAUCAUUGCCUUUGGUGCACUGAAUUACUUUCGUGAUGCCUGGAACAUCUUUGAUUUUGUCACUGUCUUGGGAAGUAUUACUGAUAUUUUAGUAACGGAGAUUGCGGACAAUUUCAUCAACCUCAGCUUCCUUCGACUGUUCCGGGCUGCAAGACUCAUCAAACUUCUUCGCCAGGGCUACACCAUCCGGAUUUUGCUCUGGACCUUUGUCCAGUCUUUCAAGGCCUUGCCAUAUGUGUGUCUUCUUAUUGCAAUGCUGUUCUUCAUCUAUGCCAUCAUUGGCAUGCAGGUCUUUGGAAACAUUGCGCUGGAUGAUGACACCUCCAUUAAUCGCCACAACAACUUCCGAACAUUCUUGCAAGCCCUGAUGCUACUUUUUCGGAGCGCCACUGGGGAAGCGUGGCAUGAAAUCAUGCUCUCGUGCCUCAGCAAUCAAGCCUGCGACAAGCUCUCCAAACUCAGCAAAAACGAAUGUGGCAGUGACUUUGCCUAUUUCUACUUUGUCUCCUUCAUCUUCCUCUGUUCCUUUCUGAUGUUGAAUCUGUUUGUGGCUGUAAUCAUGGACAACUUUGAGUACUUGACCCGAGACUCUUCCAUCCUAGGACCCCACCAUCUCGACGAGUUCAUUCGCGUUUGGGCAGAGUAUGACCCUGCUGCCAGUGGGCGCAUCAGUUACACGGACAUGUAUGAAAUGCUGAGACACAUGUCCCCACCACUUGGUCUGGGAAAGAAAUGCCCAGCUCGUGUUGCCUAUAAGCGCUUGGUGAGGAUGAACAUGCCCAUCUCGAAUGACGAUCUGACCGUUCACUUCACAUCUACGCUGAUGGCCUUGAUCCGGACUGCCCUGGAAAUCAAACUUGCAUCAGGGAUCCUGCAGCACCAGUGUGAUGCUGAACUGAGGAAAGAGAUCUCCCUGGUUUGGCCCAAUCUCUCCCAGAAGACCUUAGAUCUGUUGGUGCCACCUCAUAAACCUGAAGCAAUGACAGUGGGAAAGGUCUACGCUGCCCUCAUGAUAUUUGAUUUCUACAAGCAGAAUAAAAAUACCCGAGAUCCGAGUCAUCCAGCCACUGGUCAGACUGGAACCGUCUCCCUGUUCCACCCACUGAAAGCUGCACUGGAGCAAAGCCAGCCAGUAUUCCCCACUGUUUUCCUUCGUCAAAAGAGCUCGGCUUCCCUCAACAAUGGGGGGGCUUUACCACCACCAGAAGGGAGAGGAAUCAAGGAGUCUAUUUCAUGGGGAACUCAACGAACUCAGGAUGUGUUUUAUGAAACCAGAACACCAGCAUUUGAGCGAGGCCACUCAGAGGAAAUUUCUGUGGAGCAGACAAGCAAACAGGUAGUAGAAAUGCAAGAGAUCAGCCCAAUGUUAGCCAACGGUGAACACCAGCCUGGCCUGGAAAGCCAGGGGCGAGCCGCUUCCAUGCCACGCUUGGCGGCAGAAACUCAGCCCAUCCCGGACACAAGCCCCAUGAAACGUUCCAUCUCCACGCUGAACCCACAGCGUCCCCAUGCCACGCACCUCUAUGAACAUGCCCGGCCAGCGGAGCACACCCAUCACCAUCACCACCACCGCUGCCACCGGCGGAAGGAGAAGAAGCAGAAGUCCAUUGACAAGCCCCCAAACCACCUGGCUGAUGGUGAGGCUGCAUCCAAGGCCAAAAAGCAGGAGCGGGGCCGGUCCCAAGAACGGAAGCUUCACUCCUCUUCUUCCUCUGAAAAGCAGCGCUUUUACUCCUGUGAUCGGUACGGGAGCCGAGACCACUCUCAGCCCAAGUCAUCUGAGCACAGCAGGCCCACCUCCCCGAAUGGAGGGCAGGAACAUGGGACGCAGAAGCAGGGCAGUGGUUCAGUUAAUGGGAGCCCCCUGCUGUCAACCUCUGGUGCUAGCACCCCCUGCCGCGGCCGGAGGCAGUUGCCGCAGACGCCGCUGACCCCGCGCCCCAGCAUCACGUACAAGACCGCCAACUCCUCGCCUGUGCACUUCUCCAGUUUCCAAACUGGCCUGCCGACCUUCUCCCCGGGGCGCCUGAGCCGCGGUCUGUCUGAGCACAAUGCGCUGUUGCAUGGAGACUCUCAGGGCCCCUCGCAGACCCUGGUGGCCCGAAUCGGUUCAGACCCUUACUUGAGUCACCGGGAGGACAGCGACAGCCCGUACCAUGUCGUGCCCGAGGACACGCUCACCUUUGAGGAGGCCGUCGCCACUAAUUCAGGAAGAUCCUCCCGGACUUCUUACGUCUCCUCUUUGACUUCCCAGUCGCACCAAAUCCGCAGAGUCCCCAACGGGUACCAUUACACCUUGGGCCUCAGCUCCGGCCCUGGGACCAGCACCAGAGCACGUAGCUAUUACCACGAGCGGGAUGAAGACGAUUGGUGCUAGCAGGAAAAGGCCUGGUCUUUUGCACACUGGCAAUUGAUGAGUUUUAUCAUCCGGGAA